GUCGCGUGCGCAGGCUCGUCGCAUUUUUGCGGGGACCGUCGAAAAAGCCGCGAGGUCGGGGCCGCCGUUUCAACGGAGUCGCAAGGCAGGCAGGCAGGCAGGCAGGCACACACGCACGCACGUACGCACGUACCCACAUGGCCGAGAACAUGGCGAACUAUCACAAGCCCGAGCUGAAUACGAUCCAGGAGCUGCGGGACAUCGCGAACAAGCUGAGGAUUCACGCAAUCGAGGCGACGCAGGCCAGCAAGUCCGGGCAUCCGACAUCAUGUUCGUCCAUGGCCGAAAUUAUGUCCGUUCUCUUCUUCCAUACAAUGCGUUACAAAGUGUCGGCACCACGUGAUCCCAACAGUGAUAGAUUCGUCCUCAGUAAAGGCCACGCGGCUCCGAUUCUCUACGCAGCAUGGGCGGAAGCGGGCUUGUUUCCGUCCAGCGAGUUGCUGAAUUUGAGAAAAUUUGACAGUGACUUGGAAGGACAUCCUACCCCGAGGCUCAACUUUGUAGACGUAGGAACCGGUUCAUUAGGACAAGGUCUCUCAGUUGCUGCGGGCAUGGCCUAUGUUGGGAAGAAUUUCGACAAAGCCAGUUACCGUACUUACUGUUUGAUUGGUGAUGGAGAAGCGGCCGAAGGUUCCAUCUGGGAAGCCCUCCAUUUCUCGUCCUACUAUAAAUUAGAUAAUCUGUGUGCUAUUUUUGACAUCAAUCGUCUUGGACAAAGUGAACCAACCUCAUUGCAGCACAAUAUGGAAGUUUACCGCAAAAGAUUGGAGGCCUUCGGUUUUAAUGCCUUGGUUGUGGAUGGCCACGAUGUGGAAGAAUUGGCGAAGGCUUUCCAUGAAGCGCAAAACACCAAAGGACGUCCCACUGCCAUUCUAGCGAAGACUUUUAAGGGCAAAAACUUCCCUGAGAUUGAAGAUCUAGAAAACUGGCACGGCAAACCUCUGGGUAACAAAGCGGCUGAGAUUAUUCAGCAUUUGAAUGGACUUCUAAAGAACCCUGGUCCUCUUGGACUGCAUCCACAAAAGCCACUCGUAGAUGAUACUCCUGUUGUCGACAUCAGCAACGUUGCGCUGGCUUCGCCUCCAAACUACAAAAUAGGCGAACAAGUAGCCACCAGGUUGGCUUAUGGCACGGCUCUUGCAAAGCUGGCGAAGAAUAAUCCUCGCGUCAUAGCACUGGACGGCGAUACAAAGAAUUCCACUUACGCCGAGAAGAUCAAAGCCGUUGAUCCGGCUAGGUUUAUCGAAGGAUUUAUUGCCGAACAGAACGUUGUGGGUGUCGCUAUUGGUGCCGCUUGCAGAGACCGUACCGUCGCGUUCGUGUCCGCUUUCGCGACGUUCUUCACCCGUGCCUUCGAUCAGAUCCGCAUGGGCGCGAUAUCUCAGACAAACGUGAAUUUCGCUGGUUCGCAUUGCGGCGUGUCCAUCGGCGAGGAUGGACCGUCGCAGAUGGGCUUAGAGGACAUCGCAAUGUUCCGCGUGAUCCCGGGUUCUACCGUCUUUUACCCGAGCGACGCUGUGUCAACGGAGCGCGCCGUCGAACUGGCGGCUAAUACCAAGGGCAUCUGUUUCAUUCGCACAUCUCGUCCGGCCACGGCUGUUUUGUACAAGAACGACGAACCGCUGGCUAUCGGUAAAGCCAAAGUGAUUAGAUCUUCCGCCAAGGAUCAGGUGCUCGUGAUCGGCGCCGGUGUAACAUUGCACGAGGCAAUCAAGGCGGCCGAGGAGUUAACCAAAGUCGGGAUCAAUAUCCGUGUGAUCGAUCCGUUUACGAUCAAACCCAUCGACGCACAAACAAUUAUAAAGAACGCCAAAGAGGUCGGCGGCAGGAUCGUCACCGUUGAGGACCACUACGCGCAAGGAGGCUUGGGAGAAUCGGUCCAGUCCGCGGUCGCUUUGGAGAAAAACAUAAUAGUAAAGAAGCUGGCGGUGCCGGAUGUACCGCGGUCCGGUCCGCCAGCGGUAUUGCUCGACAACUACGGCAUCAGUGCCCGUAACAUUGUCGCAGCGGUGCAGGAAAUUGUGAAAUAUUAGUCUCGCACUUGUGGAUCCGCUGGUUAGAUCGACGGGGAGCUGUUUAUGUACGAACAAUAUUUUCUUUUUUUCAAAGCACAAAUCUCGAUGAAGUACACAGACGAAACAUUCCAUCUCCUUUAAGAUACACAGUAGGGCGACGAAUAAAACUGGUCUAACUUCGGUAGAAUUAAAUUUCUGAUGCUUUGUACAUCGAGAUUUGAAUCUAGCGGAAGUAAAACAGCUCGCUUUACUCUGAAACGCCUAAUGUACGUUGAGUGUACAUGUAAUCAGCAAAAGCAUUUAUUUUGUGGCAGUUGAAUAUGUGGUCUGUUGACCAAGAGAAAAGAUAUCUUUAUACAUAUAUAUUUUUUCGAUUUAUACAAGAGAGCGAAUUUAUAACGCAAGUUUGUACUACAAAUUUUUCUAACACAACGAAGUUGUUCCUCAAGGAGAUUCUAUUUUCGAUGUUUCGUAUAUUGCAAACAUUUUUACUUUUAUCACAAGGCACAAGAGUGAAAUAUGAAAAAGGCCUUUUUGGGAUUACUUUUAUAGAACAUCGAAUGGAAAUAGAACUAUCUUUCGAAAGGA